CAUUGUAGAAGACUACAUAUGUAGGUUAGAAAUCAGGUACAACACAGUUAACUACACCUAAUCGAUAUCGGAUUUACAGAUACCUACCCAGACCUCGGCUUCGGACCAGACCUUAACAUUGAAAUAUCUACUACAUAAUACAGAAGCGCUCAACACAUAAUCAUCACUUGAAAAAAAGAAGAAGAAGACAUGGCCGCACCAAAUCAAUCUCUAGCCGAUUUCCAACGCCAUGUCACUAGCAAUCCUGAUGCGUUACAUGUGGCCUUUGACACCUAUCCAUGGACCAAAGACCGGGUAUUUCUCGAACAACUCAAAACUGCGCUGAGCAAUGCCAAAUCCAAUAUAGACAGGUUUCCUGAAAUAUCUCUACAGAUUCGGGUCCAGAGGUUCGAGCAGUCAACUCAGCUCAAGGUUGACGGCGAAGCAUUCACACAAUGGCUUUCUAACAACAAUCGGAUACCAACAAGGUUCAUAUCUGAGCAGGCAGUUAUGGAUGAAGUGAUGACAGUGCCGGAUCCACAAGACAGGCUGCUCGCGCAACUUCUGGUAUUACUAGGCGACGAGCUAGGUCCUAUCGCUCUUUCUCAUCAAGCCGCAUCUGCGCCUGAUCAGGCGGGCGUCUCAAUUCCUAGUUGGCAAAGCUCCGCUCCGACGGCAGCACUCUACAUAGAGAAGGACCCGUCAUCAGCGGAGCCCGGCAAGGAACCCUAUCCCAAGAAAUUCGAGGAGAUUAUUGAGUUCCUACAGACCGGUAAGGAAAUACCUGGGAUUAGGCAGAUUCCAGAUACGGUUAUUGAAGAUCCGACCAUCACAACCCAUGGCCGUCUUGCGGCGCCGCCGAAGCCAUGGGAGAUUGGGCGAACCCCCUCUACUGUUGAGUUAGAGCUGCCCGCUAAGCAGGGCGAAACAUAGAUAGGAUAAUGUGUAAUUAAAGUGAAAGCCAGAUAGGGUAUA